AGCUUUGCCCGCCACCGGCAAAAUUUCAAAACAAAGAUGGACAAGGGUCCUCUGCGGGUGCUGACCGUUCCUACGACCCCUUACUCUGACCAAAGACCCGGGAGCGAUGGUCUGAGAAGAAAGGUUCAUGUCUUCCAGUCCAGGAGGAACUAUCUGCACAAUUUCAUCCAGUGUAUCUUCUCCUCCAUUGACCUGCGUGACCGCCAGGGUUCGGCGCUGGUGGUGGGGGGUGACGGACGCUUCUUUAGCCAAACGGCCAUUGAAGUCAUCGUGCAGAUGGCGGCCGCCAACGGGGUGGGCCGUCUCAUCGUCGGUCACCGCGGCUUCAUGUCCACGCCGGCCUGCUCCUGCGUGAUCAGGAAAUUCAAAGCCAUCGGCGGCAUCAUCCUCAGCGCCGGUCACAGUCCGGCGGGGCCCGAUGGAGAUUUUGGCAUCAAGUUCAACACUGCAAACGGAGGGCCGGCCAACGACGCCGUCGCAGACAAGAUCUACCAGAUCAGCAGAACCAUCGAGGAGUUUGCCAUCUGCCCUGGACUCCGACUGGAUCUGACAACUCUGGGCAAACAGACAUUUGAUCUGGAGAACAAGUUCAAACCUUUUACGGUUGAAAUUGUGGAUGCUGUGGAGUCCUACGCUAACUUGAUGAGGAACAUCUUUGAUUUUGCUGCUCUGAAGGAACUCCUGUCUGGCGAGAACCGCAUCACCGUAAAACUGGAUGCCAUGCAUGGAGUGGUCGGUCCCUACGUGAAGCGGAUCCUAUGUGAGGAGUUGGGCUGUCCCGCCAAUUCGGCCGUUAAUUGUGUCCCGUCGGAGGACUUUGGAGGUCAACGUCCCGAUCCUAACCUCAUGGACGCCGCGGACCUGCUUGACAACAUGAGGGACGGCGAGCAUGACUUUGGUGCAGCAUUUGAUGGUGACGGGGAUCGAAACAUGAUCCUUGGGAAACACGGCCUCUUUGUCACCCCGUCUGACUCUGUGGCCGUGAUUGCUGACAACAUCUUUUGUAUCCCAUACUUUCAGCAUAGCGGGGUGAGGGGCUUUGCCCGCAGCAUGCCCACAAGUGCUGCCUUAGACAGAGUAGCCAAGGCAACACAAAUAGAGCUAUAUGAAACUCCCACUGGGUGGAAGUUUUUUGGAAACCUCAUGGACGCGGGACGACUGUCUUUGUGUGGCGAAGAAAGCUUUGGAACAAGUGGAGAUCACAUUCGUGAGAAGGAUGGGCUGUGGGCCGCGCUGGCGUGGCUCUCCAUCCUUGCCACCAGAAGGCAAAGUGUGGAAGAUAUACUCAAGUACCACUGGCUAAAAUAUGGAAGAAACUACUUCACCAGAUAUGACUAUGAGAACAUAGACAUCGAUGCAGCUUGUGAAAUGAUGGAAGAUCUGGAGAUCAUGAUUGCAGACAAGUCCUUUGUGAAGCGGCGAUUUGCCGUGGAAGACAAAAUCUACCGAGUAGAAAAAGCAGACAAUUUUGAAUACACGGAUCCCGUCGACAGCAGUAUCACGCGGAACCAGGGUCUGCGGAUAGUCUUCUCUGAUGGCUCUCGAAUCAUCUACAGACUCAGUGGGAUGGAAAGUAGCGGCGGCGCCACAGUUCGAAUCUACCUGGAAAGCUACGAGAAGGAAUACGUUUUUCAAGAAACGCAGGUGGUGCUGGCACCGUUAGCUACAAUAGCACUCAAGAUUUCCCAGCUGCAUCACAGGACGGGUCGAACCGGCCCAUCGGUCAUCACCUAACCAACCGUUUCCAGUUUCCCCUGCACUUGCUUUUUAUUUUCAAUUUUUCAUCCAAAGGUGGCAACAAAAUUUGAAUUUUAGGCAACAUUGUGUGUGACUGUGCCACAUUAAACAUUUAUUUUUGCUUUA